AUGGACAUCCCCGACCCCCCAUUUACUCCGGGACACCCCCCCGACCCCUUCUCCCGCCCCUUCCCGUCUCAUCCCGCCCCUCGCCCCGCCCCGUCCCGCCCCUCUCGUCCGGCAGCGGCGAUGGCGGCGGUGCGGGACGCGGCCUCGGCGGGCAGCGCGGGCUCCUGGUCGCUGCAGCACCUGCACCUCUCCCUGCGGGUGGCGUUCGGGGGCGCGGCGGCCGCGGGGCGGCUGCGCGGGACGGCGCGGCUGGAGCUGCGCUGCGCGCGCGACGAUGCGGGGCCGCUGGUGCUGGACGCGCACCCCAGCCUGGCCGUGCGGCGUGCGGGGCUGCUGCCCGGCCCCGGGCACCCUCCCGAACCGCCGCUGACGGUCGAGAGCCGCCCGUUCGCUUCCUACGGCAGUGCCCUGGUGGUCCAUCUGCCCCGGCCACCCCGCGCCGGGCAGCGCAUCAGCCUCGAGAUCGACUACGAGGCGGGAGAGGGGCCCGGGGUGUGCUGGCUGGCUCCUGAGCAGACAGCAGGCAAGCAGAAGCCCUACAUGUACACACAAGGCCAGGCUGUGCUCAACAGAUCCUUCUUCCCCUGCUUCGACACCCCGUCAGUCAAAUGCACGUACUCAGCCACGGUGCAGGUCCCUGAGGGUUUCACAGCUGUGAUGAGUGCCACAAAAUGGGAGAAGCAGAAGGAUAACACCUUCAUCUUUGAGAUGUCCCAGCCGAUUCCCUCCUACCUGAUCGCUCUGGCUGUCGGGGACAUUGUCUCUGCUGACAUUGGCCCAAGGAGCCGUGUCUGGGCUGAGCCCUGCCUGAUCGAGGCUGCAAAGAAGGAGUACGACGGGGUGAUUGAGGAGUUCCUGGCAGUCGGAGAGAAGCUCUUUGGACCUUAUGUCUGGGGCAGGUACGACAUCCUGUUCAUGCCACCCUCCUUCCCCUUCGGUGGCAUGGAGAAUCCCUGCCUCACCUUCCUCACGCCCUGUCUCCUGGCUGGGGACCGCUCCUUGGCCGACGUCAUCAUCCACGAGAUCUCCCACAGCUGGUUUGGGAACCUGGUCACCAACGCCACGUGGGGCGAGUUCUGGCUCAACGAGGGCUUCACCAUGUACGCCCAGAGGCGCAUCUCCACCCAAGUCUACGGUUCAGCCUACACAUGCCUGGAGGCUGCAACAGGAAGGGCCCUCCUGCGCCAGCACAUGGACAGCACCGGGGAGGAUCAUCCGCUCAACAAGCUGCGCGUGGCCAUCGAGCCAGGGGUCAAUCCGGACGACACGUACAACGAAACGCCCUACGAGAAGGGCUACUGCUUCGUCAGCUACUUGGCCCAUCUGGUGGGUGACCAGAGCAAGUUUGAUGCCUUCCUCCAGGCCUACGUCAACCGGUUCAAGUUCCAGAGCAUCACAGCCGAUGACACCCUUGGUUUCUUCCUGGAGUACUUCCCAGAGCUGAAGGAGAGAGGAGUGGACUCCAUCCCAGGCUUGGAGUUCGACCGCUGGCUGAACACGCCGGGCUGGCCGCCCUUCCUGCCCGACCUCUCGCCAGGGGAGCAGCUGAUGAAGCCAGCAGAUGAGCUGGCAGAGCUCUGGGCAGCUGAGGGCUUGGACAUGGAGGCAAUUGAAGCUGUGGAUGUCACGGGCUGGAGGACGUAUCAGCUGGUCUACUUCUUGGAUCAGAUCCUGCAGAAAUCCCCCUUGCCAGGAGGCAACGUGGAAAGGCUGAGCAAGAUGUAUCCAAAGAUCUCCAAGGCCCAGAACGCUGAGCUGCGACUCCGCUGGUGCCAGAUCAUCCUCAAGAACAACCUGGAGGCUGAGUACAGCAAGGUCAAGGACUUCCUCCACAGCCAGGGGAAGCAGAAGUACACUCUGCCCCUGUACCGUGCCAUGUGGGCUGGGCCGGAGCCAGCCCGGGCCUUGGCCAUGGAAACCUUCUCAGCUACAGCCCCUCAGCUCCACGUCAACGUCCAGAACUACGUGAAGCAGAUCCUGGGCUUGGCAGGAGCAGAGGCCUAGUGCAGCCUGGGCCCUGCUCCCUGCAGGGGCUUUCCCUCAGAGCUCCCUCUCCCACUGCAUCUGUUCCCUUAUUAAAGUCUGCAGUUUGUUU